CUUGCAGUCUCCCUCGUCCUCUGUGUCCAAAAGUUGCAACUCCUCCACCCUUUCUUCCCCACGAACGGCGGCGAUGGAAUCCGACGGCGAGGAGGAGGCCGCGGCGACCCCGGGGGCCGGCGGCGCGCCGGCGGCGGGGAGGCUGAAGGGCUGCCCGGAGCUCAUGGUGGACGACGACAUGCGGGAGAUGGCGAAGACGGCCGCCUGGAGCGUCAGCUCCUGCAAGCCCGGCAACGGCGUCGCCUCCCUCCGCGACGACAACCUCGACACCUACUGGCAGUCGGACGGGGCGCAGCCGCACUUGGUGAACAUUCAGUUCCAGAAGAAGGUGCAGCUGCAGCUUGUCGUGGUGUAUGUGGAUUUCAAGCUCGACGAGAGCUAUACGCCUAGCAAGAUCUCUGUCCGGGCCGGCGAUGGCUUCCACAAUCUCAAGGAAAUUAAAACUGUGGAGCUUUCAAAGCCAGUUGGGUGGGUUCAUAUAUCAUUAUCUGGAGCUGAUCCCCGAGAAACAUUCAUUCAUACAUUUAUGCUCCAAAUUUCGGUGUUGUCCAAUCACUUGAAUGGGAGGGAUACUCAUAUUCGACAGAUCAAGAUAUAUGGGCCAAGACCGAAUCAUGUUCCCCAUCAGCCAUUUCACUUCACUUCAAGGGAAUUCGUCACCUACUCUACUGUUAGGUGACAGCUGACUAAUUUAAUUCCGUGGAACCCUCCACAUUGGAGCUUUUGUUGAAGAUUUUGGAUAGCUCAGCACACAUGUGAACAGAUUGUGUGGUCGAUCCCAUUCUCUGUGCUUCAGAAUUCAGUCUCGCAUGAUGUGCACCCAGAAAUCAACACUGGAAGAAGCAUCUGAAGCAUCAAGUCUCUCAUUGCCUUUCCGGAGAAUUGCUGUAUUUUUAAUAUGUAGAAAAUUGAUAUUGGAUUCAUCUGUGUGUACGAGCUACAUUUUCGUCCAUGGAGUGUAACAUUAUCCUCCUCUCGUGUGCAAGAGAAGGUUAUUUAUUCAUUGAUAUUGAGGAUGGCUGAUGCUUA